AUGCGAACAUCACGAGUUUCCCGAGACGCGUCCCGCGUUGUCGCAGCGAGUCGCACGCAACGAGCGUUACGUCAGACACGAAGCGCGACCAAUGCGCCAGCUCCAGUCAAACGCGACCCAGCGGACUCCGCCUCGGAUGGCGAGACGCGACGAAUGCCUAUGAAGAGGAAAAGAGGCCAGGAUAUGCCAAUCCUUGUGAAGAAGGAGGUAGAGGAGACAUCAAUCACUGCAGUCGCAUCCCCGAAGAAAGUCGCCAAGGUCAAGAAAGCGCGUCGUGCGCCUGCGAAGAAGAUCAAGACCAGCGAUGGAACUGUCACGAUGGAGCCACCUGCGAAUUGGGAGGAGAUAUAUACCCUGACGAGAGAGAUGCGGAACGAGAACCUCGCACCAGUGGAUACUAUGGGAUGCGAGAGCCUGGCGAAAGACAUCAGGUCGCCUCGCGAUCGACGGUUUCAAACGCUCAUUGCUUUGAUGCUGAGUAGCCAGACCAAAGACACGGUCUUAGCGCCUGUCAUGCGAGGCAUGCAGGAGAGGAUGCCUGGGGGCUUCAACCUCGAAUCGGUCCUCGCCUUAGAACCUCCCGAACUUAACGCGUUCAUCAACAAAGUCGGCUUCCACAACCUCAAGACCAAGUACAUCAAGCAAACGGCCGAGAUAUUGAGAGACAAAUUCGACGGCGAAAUUCCAGAUACUAUCGAAGGGCUCGUGUCGCUACCGGGUGUCGGACCUAAGAUGGGGUACCUGACGAUGAGCGCAGCUUGGGGCAAAACAGAGGGCAUUGGUGUCGAUGUCCACGUCCACCGCAUCACCAACCUAUGGGGCUGGCACAAGACUCAACAGCCAGAACAGACGCGUGCAGCGCUGGAGUCAUGGCUACCAAAAGACAAGUGGCAUGACAUUAACAACCUGCUCGUGGGCUUUGGGCAAACGAUAUGCCUGCCUGUGGGCAGGAAGUGUGGCGAUUGCAAGUUGGCGGAGAGAGGUCUCUGUCCUUCAGCAGUCGUAGCUAAGAGCACGAAAGUCAAGAAAGAAGCUGUUGUGAAAGUAGAAGCGCCCAAUGGCAGCGAAGAGGCGGCGGUGAAAGAAGAGAAGGUGGUGGCUGAAGUCGAUGAGAUCAAAGCAGAAGAUGUGGAAGUUGCGAUAGACAUAGAGGAUAUUGGGCAGGCGCCACGAAGAAGGCCGCAGAGAAAGAAGUAG